AUGACCAAGCGAUACAUCUGUCAAUUCUGUGCCCGCUCGUUCUCCAGGUCGGAGCACAAGCUUCGACACGAGCGAUCACACACCAAGGAGAAGCCAUUCCAAUGCUCAAUCUGCAAAAAUGGGUUUGUCAGGCGGGACCUGCUGCAGCGACACCUUCGGACAGUUCACGGUUUGGUGUUGAAACACAGUAUUGACGGAAACAUUUCAACCAACGAUGAUCUGCUAAAGUCGCCAUCUGCUGCCAACGGGGGGCCAGGUGAUAUAGUUUCCACCAAUCUACAGUUUUCGGCUCUGCCCACGUCGCCAAGUGACUUAGAUCAGGUGGAAGACAACGCCGCUAUUCUGGCAGAAAAAACCGUUGUAUCGCUCCUCACGCUGUCCAAUCGGUUUAGACACCUCAACAUGGAGCUCGAGAACUCAAUUACCAACUAUAUCAUAGUUUUUGGCAGCAGCAAAAAAUGGCAAGAAGAUCUUCCCUCAACCAACAUUAACAAGUUAUUAGCCAUCAACGAACUAGACGAGAUGCUCUACUUGGUGGUUUGCCUAGGGGCAUGCCAAAUAAAUGAGUUUGAGGAUGCCAUUACAAUGUUCAACAAAAGCUGGGAAAUCAUUAUCGAUAAGAUCAGCAACUCCAAGAUCAACUAUAACUCGGGCGAGAUCUUCAUCAGGUUUGUUGAUAAUUUGAUAAUUCUUGGUUACAUUUACCUCAAUUACUUCAUCAAUCUUUCCAACAGUUCGAAGCAUAGUUAUGAGCAGCUAUACAAAAAGAUCGCAAUUCCAAUUGACGUAUUAUUCGAGUAUCUCAAUAAUAUUAUCAGCACGCAUAUGACCAAUAGAGAUGGACAACCACAGGGGACUUCUGCUUCAAGUAAACUUCCCAGCGAUAAUGCAGACCGCGGUUCUAGACGUGGGCUAGAACCUUUUUAUUGGAAUGCAUAUUUACUUCUCUCGCACUAUUCUUUUAUUUUCAACAAGUCGCCAUCCUCGCUGCACUUAUACCUUCUUAACAAAUGUCUUCCAGAGGAGCAGCUAACAGAUCAAUCCGGUAGUGACGAAACUCUCGGUCAACUAAUUAUCAAUCUAUCUGUGAUUUCAGGCUCGCUUCAAAACUUUGUGAACCAUGAUGAUCUAACGCUGAAAGAGAAAGCAAUCAUAUGCGGUUUAAUGAAUGAACUUCAGAUGGUUAAAUUUAAUGAGACCAACAAACUGAGCAAGCAUGUCAUAUUACAACAAGGACUAUUCAAGGAUAACAAGAAUUUUUUACACAACGCUAUCAUAUUAGCAAAUAAAAAUUUCAACGUCUCUGGAAAGCUUGCUUCCAACUGUGACGACGAGUUCAUUCGACUUCUAUCUAUAGUGAAGAGAAAGCUACUCAUCAAUUGCCCAUUGAAAUUUACUGAUUUACUCUCAAACUACCUGAUCAUACCCAAAAGUGAGUACAAUUGGACUCUUUUGGCUCUCACGUUGAAGGAGUUCAUUUUUGAGACUGAAUCAUUGAUUAAUGAUAAGAACUUUCUCAACAAUGACAAGCCAAUCAUUGAGUUUGAUUUGUCAAAAAUGAUAAACUUGCUAGGUAUUGAAGCUAGCAAUUCAAACGCAACCCCUGAGCUGACUGAUGAGGAAAUAUACAAGAACAUCCACAAUUUCAUAUCUACACCAUUCAACUACAAUUUCCUUAUAAAUAACAACCUCGGAAUCACUUUACUACCCUGUCUUCUUCUUGCGCUAAUCCUCAACGAGAAUAGCUUGAUGUAUCACCGGAAAUCUCUAAAUUUGCCAGUGAACAAUCUUAUCAUGGUGGAGUUUAUUAUCGGAAAUUUUUUGAUGCUGAUAAGGAUUUUGAAUUUCUAUCGAAAAAGAUAUUUCAUUGAUCUGUCAAAUCCUUUGGAGAAAAGUUGGAUUUCAAGAAACACAAGUAAUCAGCCGGAUGCAUCCAACAAUGCUAACACUUCUGAAGAUGAAGAGCAAGGAGAUGAGGAAGAAGAUGAAAGCAUCAUUUUAUCUGUCAUAUUCUACGUGAUCAACGAAUUAGGCAGAAAAUAUAGGUACACUCCGCCUGUUGCAGGCAAACGGCGCCGAGCAAAUAGCAUAUCCAUUGGUGAAUUCAGCAACAAUAACGAGAAAAUGAAAAAGAUGAUGGGCUCCAAGGAAAACAAACAUGGUUCUGACAAACCAGAAGAUUCCCUGAAAGCGCAGAUUACUAGCGAUAUCAAAUUUCAAAACAUCAUGAAAAAUGUUCACUCAAGUUUUCUGUGCUGGCUGAAACUUUACAGAUCUGACUUCACUCAAUUGGAACAAUUCAUUAACGUACUCGGCAAGGUGUUGGAAAAUGACAUUUAUCUAAGAUUUCAAAAUCAGAAGGCUGGUGGCAGCCCUCAUAAUCUGGACGUAUUCAAUCUUAUUUCCAGUCACUCGCAACCAAACCCUGAAGCUCAGUUUUAUGGGUCACCUAUAACUACAUUUGGGCAAAGAGCCCUGCAGUCAACUUCCAACGAUGCCGGCUAUUAUCAACAGCAUUCAGAUCUCUAUGGUCAGCAAAAGCUUCCGUCAUUUGUCGGUCAUCAUUUACAAGGAUCGUUGUCGCCUCCGGGCACAAACCCUAUUUUGAUAAAUAAAGACGAUGAUCGGAUUCUGCUGCCCCCAAUUAACCAGAGCAAUAGGCAGCUACCAAAUCCACUUCGUCCUACCGUCGCAUCAAAACCAGGACUGGCAGGAACAGAGGGUCUGAGCGAGCUCAUCCAAGCGGCCUCGACGGUCGUUGAGCAAGACAAGAAGUGAAGCCAUCCAAUGUUCUUUUCCUAAUGUCAUUUACCAGCGUACAUUAAUAACAUCAUUUGAGAGAGUAAUAUUAUUCAGAGGCGUCUAGCUAUUUCGAUUGUGUAAUUGCGCUGGAAACCAGCCGUGAGGAGUAGUCAUUUUGUCCGCGGGUAGACACCUCAGGAGCGUUCUGGCCAUUAGUUUGCUUUUUGCGGGGAAUUUGGGUAAUCUCAUCAGACCCCAUUAUUGACCCUAGCGCAUAAAAAGCAACCAACAGACCAACGAGCCCAAUAACAGGGCCUUGGGCUGGUAUCGUGGUACUGUAAUGUCUUUGUUGGGCCGGGUCGUAAACUCCUCCUCUGAAGUUUGAGUAGCGGACGUUGUAUGGCGUUGGGUAGCCAGAUUGCAUCAUUCGAUUUUCGUGCAUCCGUUUCUCGUUACGAAUGUUACGUUUGAGAUGCUUAUUAAAAUCAAAGUGAGGAACGUCAUCUGAAUUCGAGUUUCGCGGGGAGUACCCAUGUGCUGCAAAAGGUGCUCGUCUAUGUGACGGCUUGAAAUUAUGCAUAGGUCUAGGAGAGGCAGACUCUGACGGCACAGAUGUGUCAUAAGACGCUCUUUUGCUAGGAUCUAUGAGAAUCUCAUAAGACUUCUUUAUCUGCAGGUAUCUCUGAUUCUUGUUCUCGAUCUCUUCUGGACUCAAAUUCUGUGACUUUAGCAUGUCCGGAUGAUAUUUCAAGCUUAAUUUGCGAAAGUUCGAUUUGAUUUCUGAAACAGAGGCAUCCCUUGAUUUAAGGUUCAGGUUACUAUAAUGGUUGAUAUGAUUGUGACGAACAAACGCACAAACUUUCAAAUGAGGUACCAAGGGCCUCAAUGUAAGGCCAGGACUGACAUCAAGAACCAUAUGAUGCAUAUUAGGAUUUCACAUUGAACUUAUACUUGGUCUUCAAUGGACGGACAAAUAUUUCUUUUCCCCUCUUGGUGCUAAUUCCGAUAAAUAAAUUAUUCAGUCGCGACGAUUUAACAAUAGAAGCACAAUAGAACGCUUUUAUUAAGAAUCCUCGGUUAAGUCCAGCUCGAUCCAGCUUGGCCAGGCCAGCUCCUCUAUGAGGAUAUUUCUUAUUGCGCCAACAAGGAAUUUCUCGAUCUUUCCAAUAUUUCUUAAGAUAGAGCCCUGAUUUAGAGAAGGAGUGUCUUGAUGACUUCCGAGUUCUCCUUCAAUUUUUAGAUUUCGAAUUAUGUCUAUCCUGUCGCGCGAUGAGAGGACUGUGUGUGGUAUUUCGGACACCGACGAUUUACGCGAAUCCUGACGCCCCUCCUCAGCUGAUUGAUGGGCAGUGUCCUCAUCGUCGAUGUCGCACAAAAAGGUAAUAAACACAUGCUUCUGUACGUAUGCCACCACUGCUAGAGAGUGAAUUUGGAGGUCAGUGAUCUUCAGGCGAACGGGGAGCUUGAUAAACUCGUGGGUAGGAUAGUUGAUUAGUAGGUUACAAACCACCUCGAUGUAUAUGUUGGAGUCAAGUUUGAAAUCAAGGCUAAACUGUAUAUCGUUGUCUGAUCUCCGGGUGUCUUUCUUUUCUGGCUCCGGAACAGGAUUCGAUUCGGGCUCCUCGUGGAUUUCCCGUAAACCAAAUGCUCCCAAACCCAGACCAUAGGAAUUAGUUCGUGGGAGCAAAAGAGACCCGCGAGGAGUUCCCACCGGGCUGGAAAGACCCCCAACCAGCACACUAGCUGGAGAAGGGCUUCGAGAAACAUCGAACUGAGCUUUAGAAGAUGCUUUUAGAGGUGUAACCGGUACUGGCUUGGGCUUAGGCGGCGCGAUUGGCUCAAUUUCGGAAUAGAACUCCUCAAACGGCUGAUCUAUAUCUCUGAUUGUGAGCUCGGGAGAUUUGUGUCCCAAGGAGAACUUAACCACCUUGAGGCCACUUAGAUAAUCAGGAAGCACAAUUGAUGAGAAUUUAUCAUUCAGAAAAUGCAAUAAUUGGGAAUUUAUGUUGCUA